AAGAAGUGUGUAUAUCUGCGCUGAUGUGAGCGUGUGCCGUGGAUGAAAUGCAUACCCGGAAAAACAAAACAACAGAAUCGGUGAUACACUUUGUCAAUGACUGAACAUUGGUCAAAGAGUAACGGCAAAUAACAAGGAAUAGCCGUAGACAUAAUGUUAGGGUUUAUCAUUUCGUUUAUUUUUGUAUUUGUGGCAAUACUAGUAAUGCGUCAGGACUGGGCCCACAUUACUGGCGAUGCACCUCCUCAAUCGACAGUUCCACCUGCGCGUCUCAUAAUCAAAGAUGAGUUAUCACUGUACAGCGGAGAGGAGGACAGCAAGGGCCUUUAUCUGGCCAUAUUAGGACAGGUGUUCGAUGUAGAAAAGGGGAUGAAGCACUAUGGUCCCGGUGGUGGUUAUCACUUCUUUGCAGGUAAAGACGCUUCUCUGGCCUUUGUCACUGGGGACUUCACAGAUACUGGUCUGACAGAUGACGUGUCUAGUCUGUCCCCUGCUCAGGUGGUGUCCCUGUAUGACUGGCUGGCCUUCUAUCACAAGGACUACAAGCCAGUAGGCAGACUGGUGGGACGGUUCUACAGUGAGAGUGGAGAGCCCACCGAGGCCCUGCUACAGGUGGAGGCAGCCCUGGAGCAGGGCCAGAGACUCAACGACCAAGCCCAGGCUGAGAAGCAACACCUCCCAGCCUGCAACUCAGAGUGGAGCGCUGCCAGGGGCGGACGGGUCUGGUGCUCCACCAAGAGUGGUGGAGUGCAGAGAGACUGGGUCGGUGUACCUAGGAAGAUGUUCUCUCCUGGCUCGGGCCGUUCUCGCUGUGUUUGUGUCCAGAAUUCCUCCACACUGGAAAACCCUAACAUUCAGGAGUACGAGGACUGCCCCCCUCACGCCGACUCAUGUCCUGUCAGAGAGUAGAGGGCUCUGGGAUGGCUGAGCCUCUCAAAAGGACUAUAGAAUGGCUUAUAUACUGUUAUUUAAAACUCAGGGACUUCCCAAGGUGUCCUAAUCAGAAUGACUGGGUAUUUGAUUUAUGCCAGUUUGAAAAUAACCUAAGUUGAUUUGUUUGUUUCGUUCUUUAUGCAUGUACAUUUUUAAGUUCUGUGUAAUUAAUGUGCAGUAUGCCAACUAAUUGCAAGUGGCCAAAUACUGGACACUCUAAUAACUAGGAAUAGAAGGGAAAUGUUUACUAUAUCUGUACAUAGACUAGAACAAUUAAAUUGAUGUUUCAUA